UUCCCAGUUUGUUUUGUUUCUGUUAUUUUCCCAUGAACCAAACAACAAACGCCAAAGAAAGUAAGAAACAGAAUCAAACAAAAAAAUUUUAGUAAAGAAGUAACGCGCCACAGAUAUUGGCAUUUCUUGGAUUGGUUCGUCCAACAUCCUUUUGGCUAUUAAGUGAUUCAAAUCCUUCAAAGCAUCGGCAACGUAAGUUCUCAGAAAAAAUCAGCCAUCUUCUGUGCUUUGCAAUAUGAACCCACAGUUUCAGGGGACCAGCUCUUCUCCAUCAGACCCCCCUUUGAAGCGAAAACGGGGCCGUCCCCGUAAAGAUGAGAGCCUGGUACAAGUGGAGAAUGUGCCUGCAAUGCCUGUAGCUGAUAUGAAGAAAAACAAACAGUGUGUGGAUACCCCUGGUACUGUUGCUGAUGAAAUGGUGGGUCAAGUCGUUUCUGGUGUCAUUGAGGGCUCAUUUGAUGCUGGAUAUCUCCUUAAAGUUAAAGUAGGUGAUACUGACACUCAUCUUAGGGGUGUUGUGUUUCUGCCAGGCAGAUUUACUCCUAUCUCAGCCUCAAAUGAUAUUGCACCGCAAGCAAAAAUGUACAGAAGGACAGAGAUGCCCAUACCAUUUCCAAAUCCACCAACUCAGGUCCCUGGCCCUGUUCCUUCAUCCAAUCAAAGUGAUAAGCAAACUGUUGAGCUUCAAAACCUUGCACCAGUUCAAAUCCAAGGGCUAUCAUCUGACUUUCAAUCCAAUGUUCCAGUCGCACGCACAAAUCAACCCACUCCUAGUAUGCUUUCUUUAAUUGAUAAUCUGCCGAUAAGUAGCACAGGAUCGUCGUUAGGAGGCAUUGUUGCACAACAGCAAAUUCUGGAGUCAGGACUUGGAGGACAGUCUAGCUCUGACAUGCCACAGAUGGAACAUAAUAAAGUUUCUGAACAAGAUGAGUCUCUGAAAGAAUUUGAAGCUUCCAUAACAAAAGUUCCUGCUGUAAAUUUGGAGACAACUGAGCAAUCAAAAUCAUUGCCACAAUCUGCACCUUCUGUUGAUAUUUUUCCUGGCACUGGAACUGUUAAUCUUGAGCUUCAAAUUCAACAACAGGCUGCUGAUAACGAAUUCAAGCCAAAUCAAUUGGUUCAUGAUGAAGUAAAAAGCACAAGCGUUGAGAACAACCAAGUUCCUGCGAUCACUGAACCUGGGAUUAUGUCCAUUGAACCACGAAUGAUGUCUAGUGAACCAAUUGGAAUGAAAAUUUGGAUGGAAAGACAGGUUUCCCCAGACAAAGCUGCACCACCAGAGCUUGCUAUGAAAAUUAUUAAUGGAAAUGAGACAUCCCACUUAAAUGGCAGGCCUCUAAAUCAUGCUGAUCAUAUUACAGAGGCAGACUCAGAGUCUGUACCAGUGGCAAUGACUGGUCUUCCAGUGAUGCUGUUCAAUAGAGAAGUUAUUUCUUCUGCAUCCAAGCUUGCCACUAAAGGAUCUUCUCCUCAAAGGAUAGCUGAACCCCAGCUAUGUAGUUCUUCUGGUGCCGUAAACAUUGGGGAGGAAGACUCUGCUUCUGCACCAGUGACCAGCUUACCGGUAACUCUUUUUGAGAGAGUAUCUAUUCAAUCUGAGCCCAAACUUGCUAUUGAUGGACCUGUUCUUCCCAGAAUCACUGAAUCUUUGUUCUGCAGUUCUUCUGGUGCGGCUAAUAAUGUGGAUUGUAACUUGAAGGAUCCAAUUCCACCUACAGAAUCUUAGUUUAUGCGUUGAUAAUUUCACACGCAAACGAUUUCUGCAGUUGCAUCUGAAACUACGUAAACAGUAAAAAGUUGUGAUAGGUAAUGAAGGCACAUAUUGGAGAAUAAACAAGUGAUGCUAAGCGCAUUGACAGAUACUCAAGUACAAACUCAGACAUACUUUUUACCAUUUGCUCUGGUGAUUUUGUAAUAUGAACUGCUGCUCUCUUCACCUUGAGAUGGGCACAUGAUACGCAUAUUCGAAAUGAGACUAAUGUAGGCAAAUUUUGAUGGUUAUUUUCUUUGCAUCAUUUGGAAGCAAUUUUACAUGUCGUCUCUUUUGUCAAAAUGUCGUCUUAAACUUUCUUAGAUGCUCUUUCACUUUUGAAGUUCACUUCACCAUGGAAUGUAUCAUGCUUGCCAAUCGUUCACA